AUGUGGAACAAGUUCAAGAGCACUCCGAGCACGCCCGCCCGGGUGCCGUCGGAUGAAGUAAUUCCCCUGCAUCAUUUUGACGACAACCCUAUCUUGCGGAAGAUCGUGGUCAACUUCAUGCUGAAGUUUGACGAUAUUCUUGAUCCUGAGAAACUCCGCCAAGCCUUGGAAAGACUUGUGACGAGAGAGGAUGGCUGGCGCAAGCUUACAGCGCGCCUGAGGUUAAACGAACAAGGCAAGCUUGAGUACCACGUGCCAAAGAAAUGCAGCGCGUCGAGACCAGCUCUUGUCUUCUCCCAUGUCAACUACGACAUGCCCACGACUGAACACCCGAUCGCCAUCCAUUUACCAAAGUCAACGACAUCCCCCUCAGUUGUGGCAGAUCCGAACGAACUACAUCCGUUGACGCGUCCCAAUGAUGGCCCUAAGGAGCUUGUCGACUAUCUCUGCACAGACUUGCCUCAACUGGGUCUUCACAUUGUUUCCUUUCACGAUGCAACACUCGUCUCUAUUACAUGGCCUCAUACCCUGAUCGAUGGUUCAGGCCAGAAGGAGAUUUUCCAAGCAUGGUCCUUGGCACUUCAGGGCAGAGACGACGAGAUCCGGCCGUUGGGAGGGGUUGAAAACGACCCCUUGGGCAAGUUUGGUCUUCAACCUCAGGAGGUGUACAAGCAUGCCGACCGGCUUGUCACUGGGCGGGGCCUUUUGACCAUGGGCCUUCGCGUUGCAUGGGACAGUCUGUGGCGUGGAGAGGAAGCUCGCGUCAUCUGCAUGCCGGUGUCUUAUGUCAAGGCACUUCAAGACACAGCAAUCCGGGAUCUCAAAGCCUCCGGCAUUGCAAACGACAAGAAGUACGGUUCUUUCGUGAGUGAAGGCGAUGUCCUUUGCGCCUGGUUGGCUCGUCUUGCCAUCGCAAACCAGCCAGGAAAGAAGAGUGUUUCUAUCAUGAAUGCGAUCGACAUCAGAUCCAUUCUAGGCGGCCCCGACGACCUGCUGCCGGCGGAUCGCGCCUACGUCUCUAACGCGGUUCUGGCUCUCUACGCGUUGCUGUCAAGAGAUGAAGUGUUAUCUCAAUCACUUGGUCACUUGGCAGCUUCUAUCAGGGAGUCGAUAACCAAUCUCGGCACUCGAGAGCAGGCUGAGGCUUACGCCGGAAUGGCCAGACAGUCUCAAAUCGACACUGGAUACCCUCCAGUAUUUGGCGAUGCUUGGACGCAGGGGUUGGUGUUUUCGAAUUGGACCAAGAUAAAUUACUUUGAGCCAGACUUUUCAGCGGCGAUAGUAGGCACGGAAAAGAAAGAUGGAACGGGAGCCAAGUCUUUUGGAAGGCCAACGUACAUACAGAUGUCCGGCUUCUACAAAGGCAUGCCUCUUCGUAAUAGCUUCUCGAUCAUGGGCAAAGAUGCGGAUGGAAAAUACUGGUUGAACGCAGUCUUGCCAAAGGGAGUUUGGAACCGGAUUACUGCGAAUGGCGAAGGAGCUCUGAAUGGAUUGUUUCUUAUACCGGACGUAAUGGCCAAGCUAUAG